ACAGGUCUUGCAACGAGACAUGCCAAUGACAUUGCGCAUGUUACAGAUGUCACAUUUGGCCGUGUGGGCAGAGACCAUCUCAAAUUCGGUCAACAGAGGAGGCGGUGGAGGAUUGUCGUUUGGCACCUGGAUUGCAUUCGCCGCAGCAGCAUCGUUGGGGGGCAUGUGUGGCUGAUGGACAGGGCAGUAGGGAAUGAUCCUGUUUCUGACGAUGACAGGAACGUCUUCAGGGAAAUUUGCCAAAGUCUCCAUAUGAUCGUGGAAAUUGUCCUCAGGCACAUAGAUGGUCAAAAUCUCCUCGUGAUUCCCGCCCUGGCCGUGCUCGUGCUCGUGGUCGUGGCGAGGAGUGUUGGGAGGGGGGCGAGGAAUAAGAGCAGCCUCGUUCACCUGAUCAAGUUCUGGCUGCUGGUGAUUGUGGUUACCAGGCUGCUGGCCAAAGAGCGACGCGUAAGAAGGAGGUUCCUCAGCCUGAGCCUGAGCCUGCUCUUCAGGGGCCUCUCUCUCAGGAGUUUCUGCUCUGUCAACAUGAAUUUCAUGGACCUGCCGAGCCUCAUUGACAGGAGGAGGGACAACAUCAUUUUCAAUCAUCAAGUGAUCAAUGACGUUGCCAUUGUUCUAUCAGACAAAGAGGAGAGUAUCCUUGUUAGCCCGCUUCAACAGGAAUUCCGCAACAGCAAAGGCAAAAACAACAAUGACAAGAAACAGAUAUUGGAACAAAAGACUUACCAGGGUCUGGAAGAGCUGGUACAAUUCAUCAGGAAGAGGCGUGGGGUACUGCUGCUCCUGCUGAUGCUGCUGCUGGUGCUGGUGCUGGUGCUGGUGCUGGUGCUGGUGCUGGUGCUGGUGCUGGUGUUGCUGCUGGUGCUGCUGCUGGUGCUGGUGCUGCUGGUGCUGAUGUUGAACCUGCUGAUGCUGAACCUGCUGAUGCUGAACCUGCUGCUGAUGAUGCUGCUGAACCUGCUGCUGAACUGGCUGUGGCAAAGGGGCAGGCGGCAUGACAUGGCCAUUUGGGUUCUGAGCAGGCACAACAUUCGGUCCGAAAAUCAUUUCAAGCUGUCUGUCUUCAUUGUCAUCAAAGACAGGAAUAGCUGCUCCAGGGGGGAGGACGACAUAAUCGAUGUAGUCACCGAAAAUGACCUCCGGGCCAAAGUUGGGAUGAUUCAUUGCUGCUCACUCACUCCUGAAUUUACUUCCUGGGAGUGUACUUGUAUUUGGCUCCGUGCAGAACAAAUCCAAAAUCCAGAUCACAAUCCAGAUCAAAGGAUUCAGAGCAGGCUUUGAAGACAGCAAGAUGGGUAUUUCAGAUAAGAGGGAACAACAGUGGUUGGCUGGAUUCUUAAGAGUUUUAUGGUUCAAAACGCAGAGGUUUCAGUCCCAUAAGGUAAAGAAGAGAUGAGAGAAAGGAAGAAGAGAAAGGAUCUGGGGGAGAGCAAGAAUACCCAACUUCUGUUAGUCCUGCACGUGAGUUUGACUGUUUGUGAAGAGGUGAAUGCGAAUUUAAGCGAGGAUG